UUCUGUACAAAAUUUUUAUUCAUCAUUUGUUGUUGCUGAGCUUUGUAGAGAAAUAGUGUGUGUAAUGGCAAAAGCUGUAAGAAUUGGUGCUGAAGGAUAUAAACUGAAGCUGGAUGGUGCAGUGCAAGAGAUAGAUGGAAGGUCGGUAGUUCUGGUUGACGUGGAUAGUAUCACACCUCUUAUGUUUGGAGGAAGUAUGAAGGAGAAAGCUAAGCUGUUGGACGCCAAGUUUUUAAGGAAAUAUUAUGAGGAGAACAAGGACUUUUUCUUCUUGUCAACCAGGGAGGAAAAGAAAAUGUUUGUGACCUUGCAACUCGCAAGAGAAUAUGCAGAGUUGGUCGAUGACCAAUUCUUAAGAGGCUUCUUCGAGAAGGCACUGGAGUCUGCACAGAAGGCUUUUUAGAUAUUUGGUGUGUGAUAGUUUCAUUGUCUGUAAUAUCAACCGAGUCAGAAACAACGGCUUGGUAUUUGUGGAUAUGUGGUAGUGUUGUGGAAGUCUGAUGGGUUACCAACGGCUUUCUUGAGUAAAUAAAUGCUUUUGAUUGUUGACAGAUUUUAUGAAAGA